GUCAAUCCCCUCUGUGCUCACCCCACCCCGUCCUGUGUCUCUCUCCCCACUGCCCUGUCUUGCAGGCCUGACAAGGGGCUCAGGCUGGCCCCCGUGUCCCCCGCCCACGCCACGCUGCUCAACGACACCUGGAAGUUUGGGGGGAACAGUUGGAGCCUGCGGUACCUGUGCCUCCUGAUCCGCCACUUCCCCAACGCCUGUGUGCUGGGCCCUGAGGGGACCCCCAUCUCCUGGUCCCUCACCGACCAACUGGCUGCCCUGACGCACGGUUACACCCUCCCGGAGCAUCGCGGCCAGCACCACACGAGGCCCAUUGUGGGGAUGCUGGCGGCACAGUUGCAUGCCCGCGGCUUCCCUGUUUACACCCGGGUGCUGCCCCACAACGAGCCUUCGCUGCACUCCCUGCAACGCAUCGGCUUCCGCAUCCUGCCUGGGGUGUUCGACCGGCUGAUAGUGAGGCCUGGGUUCACCCAGUCCAGGCCAGCCAGUGCCCUGGACUCGGGCCAGGACCCUGCGCCCAGCUCUGGGGAACGGCGACGCACCCAAUAGCA